GGCGGGGCAGGGCCGAGAGUCCAGUGCCGAGGGCCGGCUUCAGUGACUUCCUUGUUGGGAUCCCCGGCCCGGCAGUGUCCGGAAUCGUAGCCCCGCUGUGCUCACCGGACUGCUAGCCAGAGGCUAGGUCGCAGCCGCAACCCUAGCAGAUCCUUCCCCCGCACGCCCCGCGCUCCCCGACAUGCCCAACCCCAGCAGUACCUCCUCUCCCUGUCCCCUCCCCGAGGAGAUUAGGAACCUGUUGGCAGAUGUUGAAGCAUUUGUAACAGACAUACUGAAAGGGGAAAAUUUAUCCAAGAAAGCAAAGGAAAAGAGAGAAUCUCUUAUUAAGAAGAUAAAAGAUGUAAAGUAUACCUAUCUUCAGGAAUUUAAAGACAAAGGUGAUGCAGAAGAUGGGGACGAAUAUGAUGAUCCUUUCUCUGGGGCUCCAGACACUAUUUCAUUAGCUUCAGAAAGAUACGAUAAAGAUGAUGAGGCUCCCUCUGAUGGAAACCAGUUUCCUCCAGUGGCAGCACAGGACCUGCCUUGUGUUUUUAAGGCUGGCUACCUUGAAAAACGCAGAAAAGAUCACAGCUUUCUGGGAUUUGAAUGGCAGAAACGGUGGUGUGCUCUCAGUAAAGGAGUGUUCUAUUACUAUGGAAGUGACAAAGACAAACAGCAGAAAGGUGAAUUUGCAAUUGAUGGCUACCACGUCAGAAUGAAUAACACCCUUAGGAAGGAUGCGAAGAAAGAUUGCUGUUUCGAAAUCGCUGCUCCUGAUAAACGUGUCUAUCAGUUCACAGCAGCUUCUCCCAAAGAUGCCGAAGAAUGGGUACAGCAGCUGAAAUUUGUAUUACAAGAUAUGGGAUCUGAUAUUAUUCCUGAGGAGGAUGAAGAAGGAGGAGAAUUAUAUGAUGACGUUGAUCACCCUCUACCAACCAGCAGCUCACUAGCCAGCAGUCAACCAAUUGAUGAUGAAAUUUAUGAAGAACUUCCAGAUGAGGAAGAGGACGCUGCGCCCGGGAAAGUGGAGGAGCAGAGGAAGAUGAGCCAGGACAGCGGCCAUCACAGCACAGGAGACAAAAGCACCGAUUACGCUAACUUUUACCAGGGUUUGUGGGACUGCACAGGUGCUCUUUCGGACGAGUUGUCAUUUAAACGUGGGGAUGUGAUUUACAUUCUGAGCAAGGAAUACAAUAGAUAUGGCUGGUGGGUAGGAGAAAUGAAGGGAGCCAUUGGCUUGGUGCCGAAAGCCUACAUAAUGGAGAUGUAUGAUAUCUGAGAGUCCUGGGAAAGAUCAACGUUUUGGUCGAAGAAAAAAAUGAUAAUGAACUUUCCCCUCUGCCCGCAGCCGCAGCCGAGGAGGGGUCCGUCUCCUGCUACUCUGCAAAGGCUGUGGAAUCAGACCCCGGGGAGGCAUGAGCAGCAGCUCAUAACCUUUCUUUGUUUUGUUGAUCAUCCUGCGUCUUCAUUACUUUCUGCAUUCAUAGCAUCCCUCUGAUGUGAAACUAAAUGAAGGAUAUUAAUGCAAAUUAGAUACAAGCUGUACACUUAGACCUGUUGCUGUUUUGCAAAGAAAUGAUUAUAGUUUUUACUUACUCAUUUGAUUGGUGUGAAGAAUUCAGCACUAUUUUAUAUGUUCCAUGUAGUCACUGCUACUUCUGGUAUGAGUUACAACUUCUCUCAAUAUUGGCCGUCAGUUAUUUUUGUAGACUAUAACAUAUAAUUUCCAUAGAAAUUUAAGCUGAAGAUAUCGUAGAAGUUUUUGGUAGAUGCUUUAGUAAAGCCUUAAAGAAUAAAGCAUUAUUAAAGCUUUAUAGAUUAUUUAUGCCAGUAUUUAUUUUCCACACAAUAGUAACAUGUUUUCCCGAAAGAAUGUUACAGUUGGCGAGUUUACUUUAUGUUAAAUCUCACCACAAGAAAGGAAACAGGAUCGAAUUGCAAAUGGUAGUGUGCUGCCACCUUCUACAACACGCGCCGACCAGAACGGUGGUAUCAAUAGCAGAUACCCUGGUCAAUUGAUGGGCUGGCCAGCAUCUUCUACCAUCACUUUGUUUAAAUUUA